AUGCAGCUUGCUAAUUCGACAUUUGCUUUGCAAGCGGAUGCCUCAAACCGGCAUCACCUAGGGAGCAUGCAUUGGGCCGGUUGUCGCAAGGAAGCCUUCCCUUGCUUUGACUGCUGGGCGGAAUCUGAUCCUUGCAUGGCUUCGCACAAUGCGAGUCAUGACUCGGGUUGCCUUCCCAAGAAUCUCAAGAGCAGGGAAACCUGGAGCAAACGUGUCUGUUUGUGGCCCGUUUUCGGGCCGGUGAAAGGGAAGAAAGGCAAAGCCGCCGUCUUCUUGCAUUGCAGGGGAGCGAGCCUGGGCUCUGCGCAGCCAUUGAAUUGGCUAUAA